AUCUGGCAGCAGCAGUGGCAGGUCAUGGCACGUUACACCAUUUCAGCAGCCUUGGGCUGUUUAGGCAAAUGAGAGUGUGUGGCUGGCAGAGGCAGGGCAUUUACCCUCUCUCUCCCCCUCUCUUUACUGCCUCUUAUUCAAAUUUGGGUCAGGGGUGAGGAUUUCUCACGUCACACAAGCUUGCAGGCAAGAUGGCGCUCGGAAAGCUGUGAGAUGUGAAAACAGAAUGACUGUUUGAAGAGCUUCUGUCGAUGCUUUAAGGUUUCAUAGGUGAAGAAAAAGAAGUUGGAAAUGGAAUUGCCAAAUCAUGCCAAACAAUUGCUGCUGCAGCUAAACCAACAAAGAGCCAAAGGUUAUCUGUGUGAUGUGAUCAUAGUAGUAGAAAAUGCCCUUUUUCGGGCACACAAGAACAUCCUGGCAGCCAGCAGUAUCUAUUUCAAAUCCCUUAUCCUUCAUGACAACUUGAUUAACCUCGAUACGGACAUGGUCAACCCGUCGGUUUUCCGGCAGGUUCUAGACUUCAUUUACACUGGCAAGCUUUUGUCGUCUGAUCAGUUCAGUGACCACAAUUUCAAUGCCCUUCUAACGGCAGCAAGCUACCUCCAACUUCACGACUUGGCUGCUCUCUGCAGGAAGAAGCUCAAGCGUAAUGGGAGAUCCCUUCUUAAUAAACCCACCACCCCUACCAAUGGAAGAACUUCUAGGAACCAAAGGCUGUCCUCUACACCUGUAACUCCAAACCAAAUGUCAGGGUUAAAAGACAGUGAGAAGACAAAGAGGCAUGAGGAACUACUCAAAGAUGACUUGUCUGAGGACGAGAUGUUUGCGAGAAACGCCCACUGUGCCACCUCGGUGAAUUCGCUCAGUCCCUCAACGAGUAAAAACGGAAGCAACGGCAGUUGUGGCAUGCAAGAACUUGGCCUAGACCUUUCCAAGAAAAGCCCCUCAGGGAGCACAGCCACUGAAGAAGUCAGUCCCAGCAGCAUCCCACAAGAAUCACCUCAGUCUGCCUCAGAAUCCACAGCCAACAGUGCCUCAUUUGAUGAGAACACCAACACGCCAAACCUCACCGCUGGAGAGCCCAUGGAGCUGGGUGGAGGAGAAUGCGAUGAGAGCCAACCACCUCCAGAAGUUGACCAGCAUAAAAGCUCCCGGCAGGUUGCCCGGCAGAGGCGGCAAACCAAGAGUGAAGGCAAAAAGGUCGAAGAUGCGGAACGUGGAAGUUUACCCAACGGAGUCGCCAAAAGAUUGAACGUGGCUGGGGAGAGGCUCCCUGGUGGAGGAAAAGGCAACUCCGAAGUAUCCUACCAGUGUAAAGAUGAAGAGGAAGGUUUAGAGAAUGGACAGGAGCAAAGUGAAGAGAGCGGACAGAGCGAGAGCGAAGGUGGGCGGAAUAGCACCAAUUACGUCUACCGCCAAGAAGGCUUUGAGCCUGCACUUGGUGACAACCUUUAUGUUUGCAUUCCCUGUGGUAAAGGCUUCCCGAGCUCUGAGGAGCUGAACGCCCAUGUGGAGACCCAUACAGAGGAAGAAUUGUACAUCAAAGAGGAGGAUGAUGAUUCUUAUCCAAAGGAAGAUGAAGUAGAAGCAGAAGACUUGUCUUCGCAAAUAACCCAUGUCCACGGCCCCGAGUCGCGUCGCUUCAGCUGCUCGGUCUGCAACAAGACCUACAAAGAUCCGGCCACUCUUCGUCAACACGAGAAGACCCACUGGCUCACCCGUCCCUUCCCCUGCAACAUCUGCGGCAAGAUGUUCACCCAACGCGGCACCAUGACGCGCCACAUGCGUAGCCACCUGGGGCUGAAGCCCUUUGCCUGCGAGGAGUGCGGCAUGCGCUUUACCCGCCAGUACCGGCUCACGGAGCACAUGCGGGUUCACUCAGGUGAGAAGCCGUACGAAUGUCAGCUAUGUGGAGGCAAAUUUACCCAGCAGCGUAACCUCAUUAGCCACCUACGAAUGCAUACCUCCCCAUCAUAAGCCAAAGACACCUUGAACAGGAGACCCUCAGCAAAAAGAGUUAAUGCACACCUCUUCCUUUUGAAGUACACUGCAAGGAGCCGAUAACCCAAAGCGGGAUUCUCUUCUGCUAUAAAUUACAGGAGGAGCCUUUCAAACAAUGAGCCCCAACAAUGGAAAGAAUAAACCAAUUGGUAUGAGUUUAUGGGCUUAUGCUUUUUUUUUUUUUUUUUUCUUUUUGAAUAUUGCUGUGAAUGUAAAAAAAUGGGUACUAAUGUUGUUGUAUGAUUUCUUGGGAUAUUGUGACCACUCUCAACCACUGCAAUCCAUGCUUUGGUUUUACGAUUAUCUUGAGUCCAUGUGGUCUGUCUGAUAUUCCUUCUUUCCAUUCUUGGUCCUUGAUAAAAGUAUCACUCUCGAGAGUUCUGGUGGUAUAGUCUAUGUAAAACUCUCAGCAAGGUUUGGGCUUGUAAUGACCAAGUUAUUCUAUAUACAAAGGUUAAAUUCUUUGAAGGGUCUCAAAGAUAGUGUUGUCAGACAUGCAAGAUGGCUUGUCUGUCAUCAUUUAUGUGGUGUUUCAUAAAAGCUUUGUGCAUCCAACCAAACAUUUCCCAGUAUACCUACUCUGCACAUCACAUCCAUUGGCUUUAUUCUAGGUGUAGCUGGAAAACAGGGUCUUUGAUAAGUUUUAUACUGUGGUUGAUUCGGUUAUCAGAUUUAGCACGGAAAUACCCUAAUGUACCCUGCUCCUACAUCUGGAUGCAAGCCAAUGGCAAAGUGGUGACGAGAGGCCAUGGGUGUCCUUUGUCGUUUACUCGUAUAGUAUAUAGGGGGUUUACUCUCAAAGAAAAGCCAAACUUAAAGGUACUUGUUUUUAGAUUUCUUUAGAUAACUUAUUGAUAUGCUUCUGUGAAUGUUUUAACUGGAAAUUCUUUCCUUUAUUUCUUUUGGGAUCAGAGAGGGUUGGGUUGGUUUGGGUGAUGGGUUGGGCAGGGUUCAUUUUAUUGAUGUUGAACUUCUGUCGGUACUGUUUUUCACUUUUUUUUGAUUUACGUUUUUUUCCCUUCACUGAACAAGGCAAGUCCAUAUGGACUUGUCUCAUUGCUACCUCUUAAUUAAGAACAAUACAUUCAUUGGAACUAUGGAGGUCUCUGAAUAUAGAUGUAUAAAGUUUGCUGAGGCUUUCAAAGUAGUUGUCACCUGCCCAUCAACAAAGGUUUUAAGUUUUAAAAGCAUUAUUGUAGAGAAUAGCUUCUUUGGGCGCAUGUAUUUAAGGUAUUGAGAGUUUUAUGUCAGAGAAAUCCAAAGAUAAAUUUAAUAUUGGGGGAGAAUGGCUUACCAACAAAUGUUUCCUGUAGAAUAUCCCUACCAAAGGUUUUAGAUUGCAUUGCAAGAGGUAAGGAUGUACUUUUGUCUUUUAGUUCUUGAUGAAGAGCAAUGUAGAGGGAUGUUAGUUUGUACUUGACAUUUUACUAAAAACCAAUGAACUUCUGUCUUCUGGUGGAUGGUGGGCCACUUUGCUUUCCGUUUUUUGAAGUUUACAGUUAGUUUCUCAAGAGUGUCUUUUGGUUUCUUACUUUGUCUGCAGAGAGACUUUGAAGAACUUCAGAAGGACUAAUUUGUUUUAGUUCAGAGCAAGAAAAAACUGUAAGAGAGCAUUACGAGUGUUGUAGGUUUUUGUGUUACAUGUCGACCAUACUUGGAAAGCUUACUGAAUGAGGAGGAAUUGAUGCACUGGAUUGCUUAUUAGCCAUCAGCCCCAAAUAAAACCUUGUUCCAAAACGAUGCUAAGUUAUGUGGCGUCGCUUAAAAAACCAUCAUCAUUUAUUCAUUCGAGGUAUAGGUAUUAUGUAAAGUGUGCAUGUUGAAAAUUUAUGGUUAUUCCAAAUGCUGGUAAUUGUGUCGGGUGAAUGUUACAUGGUCAGUGUUGGUGCAAACGCUGAUGGAUGUAUUUAUAGUUCAGUGCUGAAUUCUUUGCUGCCAUCAUCAUUUCAUAACUCGGUUACAGAUUAAUUAUUUCGCCAAUCCCAGUGUAUCACAUUCCAUGAGUAAUUUUUAGCCUUCUUAAUGUAAAAGUCUUAAUGGCAUUCCUUUUUUGGGUGGGAUAUUUGUUUCUGGUUCUUUCUCCAAAGUCUUGUGUUUGUGCUUGCUAAUGAUGAACUUUGGGGUGCAGCUAUAGUCGUGUUAAUGGAGCAAUGUUUACAGAUGUCUUUUUUUCCUGGAAUCCUUUUGGUCUUUAAUUUGCCUGCUCAAACUUUGGAGACGUUUAUAAUUUCUCUAUAAACUCAUUCCAACUCAAUAUUCAUGUCUUUGCACCAAAGCUAACCCAAAUAGCCAGUUACAUAUGAAUGCAAGACAGUCACCAAAAAGUCUUAUUUUCAAAUUUGUGCAUAUCUUGGAUGUUAAAAUUUGUUUUGUUACAGUAUAAGUGUGCUCUGGUGUUGAUACACAUCUCAACUCAGGGAGACUUUUUAAAUAUUUUUUGAUGAUGUUGUCAGUUGUACUGAAAUGGAUUCCAGGAAGAAGUUCCCACUGAUAUCUUGCUAAUUUACAAGCACUUCAUUUGAAUACCAUCAAAGAACCGAUGUCUUGGGUGAUACUAGGCUCUGUUGUCGAUUCCAGCGUUUGAGACUAUAGCUGAGAGAACUGGAAGAGCAGAAAAAGGAUGACAAAAAGUUUCAAACUGUGACAAUAAUAUUUCUACUUCAAAACUUCAGGGAUAGUUCUGCAUAUUUUGAAAUGCGGAGCUUUCGACUACAUUUGUAAGACUGUGUCAAUACUGUGUCAAUUUCUGUAUUUUAUUGAUGAAAAGCAAAACACUAGUUUCCUACGAAAUAGAUUUUAUGAGUGUGUUCCCAUUUCAAAACGCCUUCAAAAAAAAAAACAAACAAAAACAAAGCCAGAGAUGUACAUGGAAGAGUUUUACUUUUAAGUUCCAGAGGGUUUUUGAACAAAAAAAGAGAAAAAAAAAAAACAGAAAAAAAAAAAGCAUUCUAGUAAGCGCGAACUGUAUAAACUAAUAAGAUGAAAGCUCAUACCCAAAAUUUCAGACUAUUUUCUAAACCAAAGCACAUUUUGAAUGAUUGAUUGACAGCUUGUCUGACAUUAAAUAUACUUGUGUAUAAUAUCUCAUUGUUUACAUAAACUCUUUACAGUCAUAGACCUCAGGUGAGGGGAGGCCAGUUUGAACCUGCUUCUGUGUAUGUCACCAUCUUUAAACGAAAGCAAACCGAAUCGUAACCGUGUGUCUUACCCUGUGAACAUAGCCGCAUGCUUUUGAUUUCGGUCGGCUGCUACAUUUGAUUUGCGAUUUUUGGCCCUUUAAGACGUGCCGAGACAUCCCUUAUGAAAAUCAUAUUGUCGUUGACAUGAUUAUUUUUAUGAAUCUGCUGCUUUUUUGUUUGUUUUUUUUUGUUUUUUGUUUUUUUAAAUAUGUAAAUACGCAUGAAUAAAAGUACAUACACAUUUACCUCAAAGUAACUUUUUAGGACUUGCUGCAUAUCUAUAUAUAUAUAUAAAUAUAAAUAUAUUUUAUUUUUUAAGGGUUUUUUUUUUUUUUUCUUUUUUUUUUUUUUUUUAGUCAUCUCUCUUUCUCUUUAUUUUUUUUUAGUUUAUUUUAGUCUAUUGUUUUAAAAAUGUGUUGUAUGUAUUCUGAGUUGCCUGUUUUUUUUCAUUGUCCACAAAAGAAGCAUCUUAAAAACCGACUGGCCUCUCCUCCGUCUACAUUGGUGCAAACACUUACUGACAGUGUUCACUUUUUUAUCAAAUGUCUAUUGUCAGUGAUGAAUGUAUUUAUUUGUUUGAUCCUGUUUUGACUUUUUAAGAGUUUGGGUGAGACGACGUGUCUUCAGGGUCUGAGUUUAUUCUGUUGUAGUAAGCUGAGAGGUAAAUUAAAAAAAAAAAAGAAAAAAAAAAAGACACAAGACAGAUCAUUUUCCAACCUGUGAAGAUGUAGACAUGAGGAAUGUAUUUCUCCAUGAAGUGUCCAUCAUAAAGGAUGUAUCCCACAUCGUUUUUGUAAUUUUUAUCUUACUCAAAGCAUGCACGUGCUCUGGAUCAUGUGUUUUCUGUCACGGACACUUGAAGGCUGUUUGUCGAUUUUAAAUGUUCUCUGUCUGUACGCCUCUGCCCACCGAUACAGGAAGGGACUCUUUAGAAUUGUGUCAAAGGCAUUCAAGGUUGUGUUUUAUGUACCGAAAGCUGCCAUGUUGCUGCGUGCUGUGAUUCAAGGCUGCCGGUCGAUUCCGUUGUUUAUUAUUUACAAAUGCCCAACAGAGCCAAAGGUUUUUCCUAAGAAACGCUCACAUCUCUUCACUUUCUCAUUAGCCAACAGAAUGCAGAUGCAUCUUAUUACUCUCAGAUCACAUAUCUUUUUAAGCUUUAUAAAAUGCACUUUCUAAGUUCUCACUGAGGUCCUUUACGCAAGAUCUAGGCGAUUUCAUCUUAUCAGUUAUUUACAAAUCGCAAAGUUUACUUGUCUAAACAAUUUAUCUCACACUUUUUUGCUGCUAAUGUGUAGUUUUGUCCAAUUCUACAUAUCCCAGAUAGUAUUAUAUGUUGUUUUGUUUUGUUUUUGUCAACAUAACUGGUAAGUGUUAGGCAUUCGUAGGGACCUCAAGUUACCAAACCAACCCAAACAAACUAAACCAAAGCCAGAUUUACAAGCAUGUGCAUAGCAGGUGGGCAUGAUUCCCAUAUGUUUUCACUUAAACGCCAUAUCACGUUUAAAUGCUAGAGCGUUAGUCAUCCUAGCCUGUCCGUAAGCAUUCCAAUAACUUUAUAUGCUGAUUAAAAUUUAUUUUCAGUUCGAAUGAAAGCAGGAUGUCAGAUUAGACAGGAAUUUGGAGGGGGGGAAAAAAAGUCACCAGUAGAAGCAUUAGUUUGGCGCACUUGUGAAGGAAGACAAGUUGCCCUUGACGAUUAUUAGUUGGAAUUACUGUUGCGUGUUUUCGGUCAGCCUUGAACACGGCUCGCGGACAACACGGCGGUUUCGCCUUCCUCAGAGAGCUUGUAUUCAGGUCAGAGCUACAUGCAGCUCAAAUUCUGUCUCAUGUGAAUAAAACAGUGUACAGA